AGGGCGACGGGAGAGAGCCGCCGGUCUGCUCACCGACAAAAUGAAAAUACCACGAACCCAUCUGUGAAUUUACGACGGGAUCUGAGGGGCUUCCAAAUUUACUUCAUCGUUAUCAGUCUAGUCAUCGGAUCCGGCGUCUUUACCAACAAUGGAGAGGCCCUGAAGGUCGCAGGACCUAUGGGCCUUCUUUAUGCUGUCAUUACCUUUGGGAUUGUGGCAAUCUGCGUCGGGGAAACUAUUGGCCAGCUGGUUCAGCUUUUCCCUACACGCAACGCCAUAUUCCAGUAUAUCCACACAUUUGUCGACCACGACGUCGCCUGGGCCACAGGCAUACUGUAUUGGCUGACAUACUCGGCAAUAAUCCCGUUUCAGGUCCUCACAGCCUCCAGGCUUCUCGAGUUUUGGUUCUACGAAGUCCUGUACUACAACAGCUACGUCCUCCCCAUCGUAGCCUUUGGCUAUGAGGGUUUCGAGUCCUUGGCGAUGGCUGCGUUUGAGGCCAAAAAUUCGGGAAAGACGAAGAUGCUAAUUCCACUAUGGAUCCAUGGCACUAUACCUGUUGCCUACUUCUUCUUGACCCUCGGCAGCAUUCUCACGGUAGACUGGCAAGACCCGCAUCUGCCAUCCAGCUACGGCUCAGACACGGACAAUGGCCCAGCACAAGUUAAAAAAAGACAUGGAGACUGUAAUGGACACACUCCCAACAGCGUCGUCAUCCUCGGCAUCUUCAAGGGCGUAACCACCUUCGGACAAAACGAAGCUUGGGCGUGCUUUGGUCGAGGCGCCAUCAAUGCAGCAGGCGUCUUGAACGGCAUACUGAUUUUUACGACAAUGUCAGCAGCAAGUGCCGCACUCUACGUCUCGAGUCGCACCCUUUAUGGUCUCACUUAUAAAGAAAAAGUCGGCGGGAGGUUUGGAAAGUUUCUCCAGGAGUCGACAGGCACGGUGUGGAAAGAAACAGGUGCCCCGGCCAAGGCGGUAGUGGCGAGCGUGUUUGCCUUGUACGUGAUUAUUGGCCUGAGCUAUGUCGCUAGACAAGGUAGCAAGUCAACUGCUGAUGACCUACCGACACAAAGGAAGAUUGUCGGAUGA